AUGUCAACAACAGAGAACACAACAACAGUUAUAGUCCAUGAAGCUAUAAAUGAAGAAUAUGAGUACAUACAGUUUAACAAACAACUCCGUCUCAUUCGUUCGGUCAAAGACGAUAUGUACCAGAUGCAAAGUAUUUUGACGGCUUGUUUUGCUCCAGACACUAAGCUUCCUAAAGACUGGUUUAGGAACCAAAGCACCAUUGAACUCUUAAGCGAAGCACAGCGAGACAUACUUUUUUCUGAAAACAGUGAAGAACAGCGAGUAGGUAAAAAACCCCAGUCGCCAAAACUCUAUGAAAAUCGUGAAAAAUUGCCAAAUGGUUUGAGAGGUUGGUAUGUACAUAGACUUCUUGUAAAUGCUGUUGCAAUGUGGGCUUCGCCUCGUUAUGCUUGGAAUAUUUACAGACUUCUUGA